AUGAACUGACUGGAAACUCUGCGUGUACCGUGAGUGCAGGAUACUUGGGGGAAGCGAAGGAGAGCAUGCUGCUACAUACCACCCUGGCUUCUGCUUCCAGCCAGCAGCGGUCUGUCAGAGUUUCUGGACUGAGUGACUGAUGAAAAGCAGUAGUCAAGUCUGGAGGGUGAUUCCCUUUCAGUUCACUUGCCUUUCAGUUCUGGGGAAAUUAGAAGAUUUGCUCUCUCCCUCUGCUUCUUAGAAUGGGCUGCAAUUUGUGCACUUUUCAGAAAAGAGAGGAACACUACAAACUGCUGUAUGAAGUUUCCCAGGUCAAUGGCAAGGACCUCUCAAAGGCCACCCAUGAAGAGGCAGUGGAAGCGUUCCGAAACGCCAAGGAGCCCAUUGUGGUGCAGGUGUUGAGGCGGACACCCCUCAGCCGACCAGCCUAUGGGAUGGCCCCCGAAGUGCGGCUCAUGAAUGCCAGCACACAGACCGACAUCACCUUUGAGCACAUCAUGGCCCUGGCCAAGCUCCGACCGCUCAGCCCUCCAGUGCCGGACGCCUGUUCUUUUCUGCUUUCAGACAGCUACCAUUCACUGCAUCCGAUGGAGCAUGAGUUUUAUGAGGACGAGUAUCUUUCUAGCCUGCCAGCUGAUGUGGACAGAACAGCAGAUUUUGAGUAUGAGGAGGUCGAGUUGUGUCGUGUUAGCAGUCAAGAGAAGCUGGGCCUGACAGUCUGCUACCGAACGGAUGAUGAAGAAGACACAGGCAUUUAUGUCAGUGAGGUGGACCCAAAUAGCAUCGCUACCAAGGACGGCCGAAUUCGAGAGGGGGAUCGCAUUUUGCAAAUAAAUGGGGAAGAUGUCCAAAACCGGGAAGAAGCGGUAGCUCUGCUGUCUAGCGAGGAGUGGAAGAGAAUCGUGCUGCUGGUCGCCAGGCCGGAGAUUCAGCUGGAUGAGGGCUGGCUGGAAGAUGAAAGGAACGAAUUCUUAGAGGAGUUAAACUUGGAGAUGCUGGAAGAACCGCGUCAAGAAGCUGCACAGCACUCAGCCAAGGAGGUGGAGCAGCCAAAAAGGCAGGAAGAAGAAGAAGGUGCCACGGACACUGCAACAUCCUCCUCCAACAACCACGAGAAGGACAGCGGGGUGGGGCGAACAGACGAAAGCCUGAGAAACGAGGAGAGCUCUGAGCUGGAGAACGCAGCGGAGGACCCGCACAGCACAUCUCUGCAGAGCAAGAGACGGCUGGGGCCGAGCGGAGACCCCGUCAGGAGCAGCGAGCUGCAAGGCCCCGACAGUGUGUCCGGUGAGUGUGUGGACUCGGACUGUGCUGGCCACCACGCCCAGGACUGUGGGCGAUUCCAGCAGCUUCUGGAGCUCAAAUGCAAGAUCGGAAGCCAUGGGCAGUAUGGCGUGUAUUACUCAAGCAGCACGAUCGAAUGCCGUCGAGGGGAGCAGGCGGGAGUGGAACAUGAGCUGCAGCUGCUCAAUGAGGAGCUGAGAAACAUUGAGCUCGAGUGCCAGAGUAUCAUGCAGGCUCACAGGCUCCAGAAAGCGACAGACCAGUACGGAGAUAUCUGGGCGCUGCAGGAUGGGGGACUCCGAAAUUACAGCACCAGCCUAGACAGGCGGAGGGGGAAACUGGAUGACAUCAUGGAACACCCAGAGAGGUCUGACAAGGACAGCUCCAGUGCGUACAACACAGCCGAAAGCUGCCGAAGCACCCCCCUCACCCUGGACCGGUCUCCUGACAGCUCCCUCCCGAGGAUGAUCAGCCUCACCAACAAGAAGAACUUGCAGAGCACCAGUACAGAGCGUGCGUCCCCUUCCGGCCAGCACAGCAAGGAGCCCACAUCCACCAAAGUCAAAACCGCAGAAGCCUGCAGCAUGGAGAGUCAGGAGAAGGUUCUAGAAAGCAGCCAGCUCCCAGACCACGAGGUGGCCGAGCACAUCCCUUACCUGUCACCCUACCACAGCUCCUCCUAUAGGCACGCGGACAUCCCAGCCCACGCCCGCCACUAUCAGAGCUACAUGCAGUUAAUUCAGCAGAAGUCUGCGGUGGAGUACGCCCAGAGCCAGCUCAGCUUGGUGAGCAUGUGCAAGGACCCCCUGAGGGGAUCCGAGCCCAAGAUGGAGUGGAAGGUCAAAGUCAGGAGCGACGGGACGCGGUACAUCACCAAGAGGCCAGUGCGAGACCGCAUUCUGAAGGAACGUGCCUUAAAGAUCAAGGAGGAGCGGAGCGGCAUGACCACGGACGACGACACCAUGAGCGAGAUGAAGAUGGGGCGCUACUGGAGCAAGGAGGAGAGGAAGCAGCACCUGGUCCGCGCCAAAGAGCAGCGCCGGCGCCGCGAGUUCAUGAUGCGCAGCCGGCUCGAGUGCCUCAAGGAGAGCCCGCAGAGCGGCGGCGAGGGCAAGAAGGAGCUCAGCAUCCUGGAACUCAGCCACAAAAAGAUGAUGAAAAAGAGGAACAAGAAAAUUUUGGAUAACUGGAUGACAAUCCAAGAACUGAUGACCCACGGGGCCAAAUCUCCUGAUGGCACGCGCGUUCACAAUGCCUUUCUGUCAGUGACCACCGUAUGACCAGAUGAACGCACAGCUGACUUUAACAAGAUGCUACCAGUGUCGGUAGAGUACGAUUGCCUCGUUCAAUGUGGCGUUUUUAUAUAUAUUUUGUGACUUUAUAGUUUAAAAGUUUUGUAAGCAAAAAAAUACCUGGUACUUUUUCAUUUGCUUUUCAUACGCUGGUACCUUCUUUUGGCUAAGAUCUUUCCUUAACUUGUGAUAUAUUCAUAGCCCUCAUUUAUAGAAAAGGAAAGAAAAGGAAAGAAAAAAACGAACAAAAAUACGGAGCUAAUUAAUUUCCUACUUUAAUGUAUCUAUUGUAAGUUGAAAAUCUGGAUUUAUUUCUCUAGUUUGCUUAUUUUCUACUUUAAUAAUAACUCAAUGCCAAAACAUUUCUAUGCUUAACUCUCCGGCAUAAUGUAUACUAACUCAAAACUUCUAAAAAAAAAACACCUGCCACAUCUUGUCUUAUACAUGAACCAACACCCCCUUUUAACAUCCUCGUGUACAUUUAACACAUAAAUGGCCGUUGUCUUUGUCUCGGUGGAGUGUGGCUGGACAAUCUUCCUGUGAUGUGUAGUCACAUUGGUUGUGUAGCUAGGUGAUUGUGUUAAUUUGUGACAAUGCAAAGAAAUAAAUUAUUAAUUAUCCUUCAGAAAAGUUAUCAAGGAUGGUUAUUUUCAUUGUCCACUGUGGUUAACAAAUUAGUUAUAUGCCUACUAUUUAAGAAACUCCUAAUUGUGAUCUAAUCUGUGCACAUUUUCUACCACCCGUUUUCUA